CUUUUUUCAUUCCCACUCUUUCUCCACCAGUCCUCAAAUACCUGCCACGGCUCUUAAUCGAUCACUCAUCACACGAAGAAAAAAAAACUUCAAAUUCUCCGGCUUCUUUUCUUGGCAACCAAACGGAGCCUAAGUGCACUUGGGUGCUGCCCAGAAUUCACAGUUUUUGUAUAGAAACUGAGAGAGAGAGAGAGUGUGUGUGUGCACGUGUGUAUGAUAAGGUGGUAGAAUCAGAAUCGGAUGGCUGAGUUUGCAGGGAAAUGGUGGUGGGGUUUGAGAUCGGUGUGGAUGGUGAUGUUGAAUUUUCUGUUGGCUUUCGUGUUUAUUUCAUCGGAAAGGGAUCUGAGAAUCGGAACUUCAACAUUCAAUGGGACUGAAUCCAGUUAUUUUCUCAGAGCAGUAAAUUUCUUAUGGCAACCCGAUAAAUCGGGUUAUCAACACGUCUGGCCGGAGAUGAAAUUUGGGUGGCAAAUUGUUGUGGGAACAAUAAUUGGAUUCUGUGGAGCAUCAUUUGGGAGUGUUGGUGGCGUUGGUGGCGGUGGCAUUUUUGUUCCUAUGCUUACCCUAAUUGUCGGCUUUGAUCCCAAGUCGGCAACAGCCAUGUCAAAAUGUAUGAUCAUGGGUGGAGCAGUCUCAACUGUUUACUACAACCUUAAGCUAAGGCAUCCAAUACUUGAAAUGCCCAUCAUUGACUACGAUUUGGUACUUCUCAUCCAACCAAUGCUCAUGCUGGGCAUUAGUAUUGGAGUGUCUUUCAAUGUUGUAUUUGCUGAUUGGAUGGUCACUGUUUUGCUUAUCAUUCUCUUUAUAGGCACAUCAACAAAGGCAUUCUUUAAGGGUGUUGAAACAUGGAAAAGGGAAACAAUUAUGAAAACGGAGGCUGCUAAGCGACUGGAGUCAAAUCGUUCUGAUGGUGCAGAAGUGGAAUACAAGCCUCUUCCUGGUGGCCCAGGAAAUGGCAUUCAAAAGGACACCAAAGAACAAGAGGUAACUAUUCUUGAGAAUGUUUACUGGAAGGAACUUGGACUUCUCAUUUUUGUUUGGGUUGCAUUCCUUGCCAUUCAGAUAGCCAAGAGUCAUACAGCUACUUGUUCGACAGCAUACUGGAUAUGGAACUUGUUGCAGAUCCCUAUUUCUUUUGGGGUAUCUUUGUAUGAAGCAGUUGGCCUUUACAAGGGACACAGAGUAAUUGCAUCGGCGGGAGAUGUAGGGACAAAUUUUCGAGUCCAUCAGCUGGUUAUCUAUUGCAUCAUGGGUAUACUUGCAGGGGUAGUUGGUGGUCUGCUUGGACUUGGUGGUGGCUUUGUUAUGGGCCCUCUAUUUUUGGAGCUGGGAGUCCCCCCUCAGGUAUCUAGUGCCUCUGCCACCUUUGGAAUGACCUUCUCUUCAUCUAUGUCUGUUGUGGAAUACUACCUUCUGAAACGUUUUCCUAUCCCUUAUGCUCUCUACUUCACUGUCGUGGCUACUAUUGCAGCCUUAGUAGGGCAGCAUAUUGUGAGAAAGUUGAUCAUUUUAUUUGGAAGGGCGUCUCUAAUCAUCUUUAUUCUUGCCUUCACUAUAUUUAUUAGUGCAAUUUCACUAGGUGGGGUUGGCAUAUCAAACAUGAUUACGGAGAUUCAACGGCACGAAUACAUGGGAUUUGAGAACCUCUGCAAGUAUGAAGCAUAAGCCUGUUUCUUUUCUUGUUCCUAUUCCCUUUUCAUUACCCAGAAGGGGAAAGAUGACCCUUGCUUGUUUGAGUUCUUCAAAUUUUUUGUUGUUUAUGCAUUCUAUGUUAUUAUGUCUGUAACCUGUUCAUGGGAAUUUUGGCUGCCAAGAAGCAGAUGAGAUGAACUCAACAAUCUUACUUUCAUUCGGGAUUAGACAGUCUUUUUUGUUUUGUUUUUGCCACCUUCAUCAACAACCAACUAAGUAUAUUCUACAAGACCUUAAUGUUAUUAAAUCAUUUAACCUAACUGUAAUGUCAAUGGCAUUUGGGUUGUAA